CUCAUAUGAAAGCAGAGUCAAAUUCAUCAUAUGCAAACACUUCAAGUCCGUUUCAUCAUUCGAAACGAAGAUCUCGUGUAGUCUUUUUUUUUAUUACCAUUCUCAGACAAAAAGAAGACGGACUUUAUUUCUAGAGAAAGCACUGACACUUUUGGCAGAAAUCAAGUCAGGGUCUUUAAUUUCAUGGUUCAUUCAACUCGUUUAUUAAAGCAGAAAGAAGGGAUAUGUUUUUUUAUCUGACAGCUUAGAAAAAAAGGUUAUAGAGUUGGAGUCUUCUUCUUUGUCUAAAUUCUGAAACCAACAAACGGGGGUUACAGACUUACAGAAAAAGGUAAAGCCCUUUUAGGCUUUUACUUCUGGUGUAAAAAAAAAAAAAAAGGAAAAAAGAAAAAAGAAGAUGGAUAUGGGAAUUUUGCAAAAGUUAUCAGAAGCUUUGGAGAUCUUAGAGGAGAAGAAAGAAAAAAUCCAGGAAAGGAUGAACGUGGUGAUGAGUGAAUGUGAUGAAGUUGAAAACCAUUUUAAAUUGCUCCACGUUCUUUCAGGUGACUGUGUUGGUGAAAUCGAGUCGAGAGAGAAAGAUUUGAAGUCUGCUGAAGAAUCCAUGGUGAAGCAGAUGUGUGAAAGGUUUGAUUUAGAGAAGAAGUCCAUGGAGGCAGGGUUUAAGAGACUAGAUGAGAAAGAGAAGGCUUUGGAAAUGGACAAGAUGGAAUGUGAGAAAAUGAAAGAGUCUGUCCAGGAAAUGCUGAAUGAUGGUCUGAAGAAAGAGGAGGAGCUUCAAUGUCUUUCUGAUGAGCUGAAGAGGAUCCGGGCUCAAGUGGAGAAAAUGGGAACAGAGCUUGACUCAAGGGAGGAAAUCUUGAGGGGGAAAGAAGAUAAGAUUGAGUCAAAACUGAAGAAUUUGGAGUUAAGGGUUAAAAAAGUUGAUGAAAUGGAGCAAGAUUUGGAGAGAAGGCAACACGAAAUCCACUCAGAGGAGAAAAGAAAGUCAAGUGAGAUUCAAUUGAAAGAGAGCAAUUUGGUGGCCAGAGAAAAGGAGCUGGACAUCCUAGAAAAUGAGAUAAAAUCUGAACAGGAACUACUGGAGGAAAGGAGCUUUCGGGUUGACUCAAAAGAGAAGCUUUUGGAGGAAAGGGAAGAUGCAUUAGAUGCUAGAGAAAAGAGGUUCAUCCUUCAGAGAUGCACUGCACAAUUCAGAGCUAAUGAUCUUCAAACUCCAGGUACAGACAUUAAGUCAAAAGCAAAGAUGCCUGUAGAUGUAAUAGAUCUUGAUCCUGAAUCUGAUUCAGAUUCAAUUGGUGACAUGGCUUCCAGCCCUGUUGACAAUCCAAGUUUUACUAGUGCUGAGAUAGAAAAAACAACCAGAAAUAUCAAUGUCGGAGAAACUUGGGCGUGUUUUGAUGCAAAAGACAAAAUGCCAAGAACAUAUGCUCGAGUCACCAAGGUUAUUAACAAUGGUGGAGAAAUUAGGCUUGAGGUUGUUUGGUUGAAACCUUGUCCUGUGCUUCGUGGUGAGGAGGAAUGGGUCGACGCCGGCUUGCCAGUAACUUGUGGGAAAUUUGAGAAGGGCAGAUCAAGUGUUGAAUCUCUCAACAUUUUCUCCCAUCCAAAGGUUUGCGCUCUGCAUCAUCCGUGGAUAAUAUAUCCUAGGGCAGGAGAGACUUGGGCCGUUUACAAGGACUGGGAUGUUGUUGAAUGGGUAUCUGAUAGAGAACUUCACCGGCAUUGCGAGUAUGAGAUCGUGGAAAUUCUGCCACAUUCCAGAGGCGUGUCUUCAUCUUCGGGCAUUAGAGUCGCUCACCUGGACAAAAUCACUGGGUCUAUGAAUUCAUAUAAGCGAAGAAGCAACAAUGAUGAAGAUACAUUUCUCAUAAAGCAUAGUUGUUUAUAUAGGUUCUCGCAUGCAGUGCCCUCCGUGAAGACAAUCCGCAAUGAUGGAAAUGGUAUUCCUGAGAUCACUUUUGAACUUGACCUGAAUUGCUUACCUCUUCAACUCCCCUAAGGUUUUGCAAGAAAAUCUUUCGUGCCUUGAUUUAUUAGUCAAUCUGCAGGCUAACGAAGUUGUACCUGUUAUGUUAUCUUACUGCUAUCUUACAAUUGAAAGCUGAAUCAGGCAGACUAGGUUGUGGUGGUAGUAAUUUGUUCUGUGUAAAUGUUUUGUUUUCAGAUUACUUCCCUGUUUAUAUUGGUCUC